UCUCGUGCUCUCUGUCCCCAGGCCGCAACUUCCACAGGUUCUUUGUGUUCUCUGACCCCAGGCUGCAACUUCCUCAGGUUCUUGGAGUUUUCUGUUCCAUGCAGUAACUUCCACGGAUCCAUCGGGCACUCUGUCCCAAGGCAGCAACUUCUUCUAAUCAACACACCAUGCGACCAACUUACUCAUGCCAACAAGCUUCACCUGGCAAGGGCGGGAAUCGAACUCAUGACCAUGUGCACCGUAGGCCGAUGCUUUAACCACUUGGCUACCUGGAAGGGCUACUUUAACAGGGGUUCUAGGGUGUGUAUUGACUUUGUAAGCCAGAAGAUCGCCUGGCAGCACAAAGAGACAUUCAGAUGUACUAGUCAUCUGGAGGCCGGGGGCAAAGUAGUGUAG